GUGUUUCAUGCUUCCGAGUCAGCCAGACGAAAAGGGGAGAGGGGAGAGGACCACAGGACGACGUGGGAGAUCGCGAGCAUGGCGGGCACCGUUGACGAUUUGCUGAGGCUGGAGAUGCCGGCGGACGAGAAGCGCAUCAUCGCGGAGUACAUCUGGGUGGGUGGGAGCGGGCUGGASAUCCGCAGCAAGCCCCGCACUCUGCCCGGCCCSGUGAAGKCGGUGUCUGAGCUCCCCAAGUGGAACUACGAUGGCUCCAGCACGGGCCAGGCUCCGGGCGAGGACAGCGAGGUCAUCCUCUAUCCCCAAGCCAUMUUCAGAGACCCCUUCCGCGGCGGGGACAACAUCCUGGUGAUGUGCGACUGCUACACGCCUCAGGGAGAACCCAUUCCCACCAACACCCGCUACGCUGCCAACAAGCUGUUCGAGCAGGCGCUGGACGCCGAGCCCUGGUUYGGUCUGGAGCAGGAGUACACSCUGCUGGAGAAGGAGCACAAGUGGCCGCUCGGCUGGCCCGUCAACGGCUACCCCGGCGCGCAGGGGCCGUACUACUGCGGCGUUGGGGCUGACAAGGCGUGGGGGAGGCGCAUCGUGGACGCUCACUACAAGGCCUGUGUGUAUGCGGGCAUCAAGAUCAGCGGGACCAACGGCGAGGUGAUGCCCGGGCAGUGGGAGUUCCAGGUGGGGCCGGCCAUCGGCAUCGAGGCGGGCGAUCAGCUGUGGGUGGCGCGCUACUUGCUGGAGCGGAUAACCGAGCUGGAGGGGGUUAUUCUGUCCCUGGACCCGAAGCCCGUGGAGGGCGACUGGAACGGUGCCGGGUGCCACUGCAACUUCAGCACCAAGGCGAUGAGGGAGGACGGCGGGUGGGAGGUGAUCAUGCAGGCCGUAACGAACYUGGAGCUGAGGCAUCAGGAGCACAUCAAGGCCUACGGGGAGGGCAACGAGAGGCGGCUGACGGGUCGCCACGAGACGGCCAGCAUGGACAAGUUCUCGUGGGCUGUGGCGAGCCGCGGAACGUCCGUGCGGAUCGGACGUGACACGGAGGCGAAGAAGAAGGGGUACAUGGAGGACCGCCGCCCGGCGUCCAACAUGGACCCAUACGUCGUCACCUCCCURGUCUUCGAGACCACCACACUGUGGAAGCCCUGAGAGAGACGUUGGCAUGCUAGAGGUUGAUCAGAUAGCAAGAGCAGAAUUGGGGUCGGACAGGCCGUUUCCCUUUCUAGUGGAUUUCUCCUCAGAGUCAUUGUUUAUGCGUAGAUGAUGUAGGUUGUAGGGGAAGUGUAUAUUAUAUUGUUUAGUCUAUUUAGGUAUGGUAUAAUACGCAACUGUUAGGAAACCCAGGAGCAGCAGGUGUUGUAGGACUGCAAUGCAAAUUUUUUGCUAUGUAAUUCUUCUCUCCACGUUGUUUUCGGCUUGGCAAACGGCGAGC